CUGCUUCUUGAUGAAGGCUGUGGGCUAUACAAAACCACAAGAGAGAUGCUCCACAUUAACAGCUAACCUCUCAAAUUAACUCUUCUCCAAUCCAACCACUUCCUUAAUUAUAAGCUAGGAUGGAAGAGAGUCUUCCUCCUGGAUUUAGGUUCCAUCCAACUGAUGAAGAACUUAUCACUUUUUAUCUCAGUCAAAAGGUUACUGAUUCAAGUUUCACAUCCAAAGCAGUUGCUGAGGUUGAUCUCAAUAAAUGCGAACCUUGGGACCUCCCAGCCAAAGCUUCUAUGGGAGAAAAAGAAUGGUAUUUCUUCAGCAUGAGAGAUCGAAAAUACCCAACAGGACUACGAACAAACCGUGCAACUGUGGCCGGUUAUUGGAAAACAACAGGAAAAGACAAAGAAAUCUUUCGUGGUGGAAUCUUGGUUGGAAUGAAGAAAACCCUAGUUUUUUACAUGGGUAGAGCUCCUAAAGGUGAAAAAACUAACUGGGUAAUGCAUGAGUAUAGACUUGAAACUACACAUGCUUAUAAACCUAAUAAGGAGGAAUGGGUGGUUUGCCGAAUUUUUCAAAAAAGCACGACAGCUAAAAAACCAAUGGGAACCACAUCUUCACCUCAGUCAAUGGAUUCACCUUGUGAUACCAACACGAUGGCAAAUGACUAUGGUGAUAUCGAGCUUCCAAACUUAAACGGCAUUGCAAAUUUAAGUGGUAACAGUUCCCUUCAUAAUUACGGCAUGGAGAACAUGAACCUGGAUAUUAGUUUGGCGCACAGUCUUCCAUUGCUUGCAUGGCCAUCGAGCAUACUAAGUUCAAACCUUUCAAUGAAUGCGUUACUAAUUAAAGCAUUGCAACUUAGAAAUUACCAACAAAGAGAAGCUGCAAAUAAUUUUGAUUAUCAAUUCAUGCCACAAGCGAACUCCAACUUUUUAGAUGGGGCGAGUCCGAGCUUACAAGCGUCUUCCACUAGAAAUUGUGAAUCUUUGCAGCAGCAGGAACAACAGGAGCAACCAUUUAACUUGGACUCCAUGUGGUAAUUAAGCUUUAAUGGAUAAGAUUUGGGACUAACAAUAUAUGAUUCAUCAUGGGAUUAGACGGAGGCUUUUGAAGGUAAAAAAGAAAACGGAAAUAAACCUGUGUGGUUUGAAUCGUUAUGAAGUAGUAUAAAGGUGGAAUAAAUUUAGGAAAGUCUCAUUGUGAUUAUUGUAUUCUUUUAAGCUAGCGUAGUUAAGUAGUUAAUUGUUGGUUAAUUACCUGGCAUAUAUGUUGUAUUUACAUUUGGAUGUGAUCAAUGUUAACUUUUGUUGGUGA